GAGAAAAAGACGAUCAGUUAAAUUUUGAAUCGCCGAUAUCGAAAAUGCACGGACUUCCACGGCGAGCUCCGAAGCCGGAAGAAGAAGAAGCUCUAGCGGCCAAAGCCAGAGACCUCCGCGCUCUUCAGACUCAGCUCCUAUCGAACCACCACAGCAAGAUUUACACCAAGGAAGCUCUCGAUGUAAGCGCCAAGCUCCUCGAGAAGAACCCCGAGUGCUACACCGCCUGGAAUUACCGGAAGCUCGCCGUCCAGCACAACCUCCUCGCCGCGACGGAUUCCGAUCCCGGCGCGAUCAAGUCUAUUCUCGACGCGGAACUACAAGUGGUAGUGGAUGCGUUGAAGCAGAACUACAAGUCGUAUGGAGCUUGGCAUCAUCGGAAAUGGGUGCUGAGCAAGGGGCAUUGUUCUUUGGACUAUGAAUUGAAGCUUCUCAAGAAGUUUCAGAUGGCGGAUUCGAGGAAUUUCCAUGCUUGGAACUACAGGAGAUUUGUGGCUGCAUUGUUGAACAGAAUGGAGAAGGAAGAGUUGGAUUAUACGACUGAGAUGAUAGAGAACAAUUUCAGCAAUUACUCGGCCUGGCAUAAUCGGAGUGUUCUCCUGUCCAGUUUGCUGAAGAAAGAAGCUGAAGGCUUUUAUCCGAAGGAGAAGGUUCUGAAUGAUGAGUAUGGGCUUGUACAACAAGCUAUUUUUACAGACCCAGAUGAUCAAAGUGGUUGGUUUCACUAUCGUUGGCUUCUUGAUCAGACAGUGAAAUUGGAUGCUCCUUCACUUGUUUCAUCUUGGCCUGCUAAUGGGUCUAAUGUCAUGUUGUCAAGAAUUAGGCGCUCCAAUGACUGUUCAGCAUCACCAUUUGAAAUAUUCCAUUCUAAUUCGGGAACAUUUCCACUUGUUCUAUAUUUUAAUCAGCCUGUCAAAGGUGUCAGUUCGUCUACGGUAAUUAUUGAAUCUUUGUUUUGCAAAGAGGAUCUUGACUGGAAACCACUUUCACAAAUCAGCUCCCAGUUUUCCCAAGUUUGGGUUACACAUAUUCAAUUUCCAGAAGCAAACUCCCUGUCUGAAGAUGCUUGUUCGCUGGAAGUUAGUAUCAGACUGUCUCGAGGCAUCAUUUCUACAAGUGGUUUUGACUAUAGCCAUCAUACACGGUUGGCCUUCAAAGUGUAUCGGUGCCCUGUUGACAGUGAACCGUCUGAAAAGCAGGUCAGGGAUCAAAUUUCGUGGAGAGAUGAAAGCUUCUCCUUGUACCAAACACGAUCUGAGGAGCCACACAAGUCACUCUCUAUUGAUAAUCUAAUUUAUAAUGUUGAUGAGCCAACUACUUCAAAUUGGCAUGCAGAGACUAUUGCUAAUGAAAUUGCUACUUUCCGAGAAUUGUUGUCAGAGACAAGCUGUAAAAUUGGAAAACUUACAUUGGCAAGAUUAUUAACAGCUCAAGAUGUGAUUCAGUCUCAAUGUGGAAACAAAAUGGUCAAUUUUGAAGAAGUUCUGGAGCUUUAUGCUGAUCUACUAAAGUUGGACCCUACACAUGGUCAGUAUUACAAUGAUGAGCUCAGCUUACUUUGCUUGCGGCAGGUAACUUCUAGUAAGGAGUCUCUGCUGAAAUACUGCUUUAGCCAUGAAACUCUGGCUUCUUCAAGCAUAGGCAAUUACCUGUGUCUACGUCUAAAUAAGUUAUCCCUGACGCGGAUGGGAUCCAUUGAGAAAUUAUUGUGGGUCCAAAUGCUAGACCUCAGCCACAAUGAACUUCGAUCAAUUGAAGGGUUGGAAGCCAUGCAGCUUCUAUCUUGCCUAAAUCUGAGUAACAACAAGCUCGGUAGUUUUACUGCUCUUGCGCCUUUGAGAAUGUUGAAGUCACUACAAGUGCUGGAUAUAUCAUGCAAUGAGAUAGGUUCACAUACUAUUGACAAGACAAGGUACCUAUGCACGUCUCCUCUUUCCCACACAGAAGAAACUAGUUGGAAAAACGACAAAAUUAUGAAUGAAUGUGUCAAUGUGGCAAGCUAUUGGGACGCAUUCCUAACAUUUAAAAGCGUGAGCUUGACACAAUUGUCAAUAUAUGGGAAUACAAUUGCUGAUGAAAACUUCAAGUUGUUUUUGGUCAAGGUACUUCCUAUUCUCGAGUGGCUGGAUGGCAAUAAAGUGCACUGAUUAUUAGUGCUUUGUCUACUUUAUACGUGAUUUUAUUUCAUUUUUCCUUUACCCUAGGUGGGUUUACACUGUAAUGAUCUUAACAGUAGGUAGUUAUUCAUGAUACUGGUAAUAUAGUGAGAAUUUCUUAGUCCU